UUUACAGGAUAAUUAAAACGAAAGUACAGUUGGGUUCACUUUAAGGGCGUGGUGCAGGAGAGAGGAUGAAGAUUAGGGUGAGUCACAUCAGAACUGAACAUUCCACUGUGCAACUUCCAAACUUCAGCUUCUGCUACCAGACUGCUGACAAAAAAAACAGCUUUUGUCAUGGAGUUGGGUGAAAAUACUUCAAUGGACUAUUAUGAGGACAAUGGUGAAUCAAACUUCACCUUUGACUACACUCAGUUUGAAAUGCUUUGUGAAAAAGAGGAGGUGAGAAAUUUUACUAAAUUGUUCCUACCUGUGUUUUAUUCACUGGCUUUCAUUGUGGGAAUUGCAGGAAAUUCAUUAGUGGUGGCAAUCUAUGCCUACUGCAAGAAACCAAAGACUAAGACAGAUGUUUAUAUCAUCAACUUGGCAAUUGCUGAUCUGUUACUGCUAUUGACCCUUCCUUUCUGGGCUGCAAAUGCAGUCCGCGGAUGGGUGCUUGGAAACAUCAUGUGCAAGGUCACUUCUGCUUUAUACACCAUGAACUUCAGCUCUAGCAUGCAGUUUUUGGCUUGUAUCAGUGUGGAUAGAUAUAAUGCCAUUUCCAAACCCCAAAGUCACCAAAGAGGUGGAAAGCAAUGCAGCGUAACUUGUAUCUGUGUCUGGCUGGCUGCCAUUUUGUUGAGCAUUCCUGAACUGAUUUUUAACACAGUCAAGAAAAACGGUAACCGGUAUGGAUGCUUUCCUGUAUUUCCAGUGGACCUGGGAACACUCCUUAAAGCAACCAUUCAAAUCCUGGAAGUUACGCUAGUGUUUGUGUUACCCUUCCUCGUCAUGCUGACCUGCUACUCAGCUAUUGCCAGAGCACUCUUUAGGUCUCCAAACGUUCAAAAAUCUAGGCCCCUCAAAGUUCUGCUGACAGUAGUGGCUGUUUUCAUUGUCACUCAGCUGCCUUACAAUAUAGUCAAGUUCUGGCGAGCCAUAGACGUCAUCUACUUGCUGAUUACAGACUGUGACAUGAGUAAAACCAUAGAUGUUGCCCUCCAAAUAACUAAGAGUAUAGCCUUGUUUCACAGCUGCCUGAACCCAAUCUUGUACGUCUUUAUGGGAGACUCUUUUAAAAUGCACAUUACGAAAAUAGCCAAAAAUUUGGGAUAUUGGAGGAGAAGUCGCAAUUUACCAACCGAAGAGAUUUCUAUGAAUUGUGCCGGCCACACAGAAGAAACAAGUAGCUUUACUAUAUAGCAGCUGUAGCACCGUCUCUAACCAAUGUAACAGACGGGAACAAUUAUAAUGCAUCUGAGAGCUAUUUCCUCUUUGAUUAAAUUUAAACAUCCACGUUACUCUGCAAGUCAAAUCUGAAGUGAAGUUCUGACACAUGAACCAGCCAAGAUGUUGCAAAGAAAUUCAAAAUAGAAUAAGACCAAAAACCAUAUAGUAAAGGUAAUGGAAACAACAGAAACAGAGUUCAGCUUGAGCGCUUGAAAAAAGUGAGAUUUAAAAGGUCACAGUGCUAGGCCAUUAAUUAGACGAGGAGUGAAUGGACUACAUACCGGUAUGCUAAUCACAACAAAUAUAUACUUAAUACAUUAAAAAAAAUAGGAUGGCACUGAAUUUUGUACCCCAGAGUUAAUAAUCUUCAGUCCUUUAAAACGUAACCUUCCAGAGUUGCUUCUCAAAACUGUUUCAGGUCUUCCUAUUGAUUUUAAAUAUUUGUGUGAAAUUGCAACUCUGUUUUUCCUUAGAUGUCACCUCACAAAUGGCCUGUGAGGCUUGAGCUGAGGAAAUAGUUCAUCUCUGGUAUUUCACAGAGGCAGCAGCAAACAGCAAACUAUGGUCCAGUGUCUUAUGAUUCCAAAUAUGUGUGGCAUGUUUAAAAGAGUUCCUUUUCUGCAACAAUACAGAAUGCCUUUUAAUUAUAUUCUGCUUGCACUAGAUUGCAAUGAGUCCUAUUUCCUAUUACAGGCACAUGCCUAAUCUUUGGUUUUAAAUCCAUAUUCAUGUGAGAUUACUCAGAGCUUCAUUUUGGUCAUGUCCUGGAAGGCAAUUCACAUUUCCAAUGACCUCUAUAAAAUGCUUUGGGAACUGAUGUAACAAUCAGCAAUGACAAUGUCUUACAUUUUGCAGAUGACACUUAUGACCUAAUUUUGAACACGUAGCCCUAUAAUGUUAUAGAAAAUUAGUUUUGAUUUGUAAAUAUAUUGCAUGCCUUUAUGGAUAUUUUGCAGGUGCACUUCAGGCACCAAUCUCUGUAGCUUUAGCACACAGAGUAUAAAUAAUUGGCUGAAGCAAGAGAGCAUAUUUAUACUCAAUAGUUCAUGAGUGGAUAGUCAUGGUCCUUAAGGAAGGAAUUAGUGAGAUUAAAAGUACUGGCCUGUGAUAGCUAGAAGAUAGACAAUUUUUUAAAUUGUCAAUAUAAUUGUUACAUUUAAGAGUUUAAAUAAUAAAAGGAAACUGAGUACUCUCUGCAAUCUGUUUACAUGAGUUUCACUGCGAGCAUGAUUUUGGUAACAAAGGUGGAUCUAAUUGGCUACACACCCCACAUUACAACAGUCUCAAGACAUUCAUACAUAUUUGAUGCAGAAAAGAAGGUAAUGAAUGCAGGCCCACUGAAUUAAGGAAGGUGGCUAAUCAGUCAGCAAAUUCUGUGACUUCAUCCCCGUGAGUACAGGGCAAGGUAGGUGGUCAUUUGGUUACAACAUAAGCUCCCUGCCCUAGGAAGAAGGGAACACACAAAAAAUGAGGAAGCUAGAGCAGGAAACUGAGUGGGCUCAUGAGAGGAGGAAGAUAGAUACACCUUUACCUCGAUAUGACACUGUCCUCGGGAGCCAAAAAAUCUUACCACAUUAUCAGUGAAACUGCGUUAUAUCUAACUUGUUUUGAUCCACCAGAGUGCACAGCCCUACCCCCCUGGAGCACUGCUUUACCACGUUAUAUCCGAAUUCAUGUUAUAUCGGGUCACGCUCUAUCAGGGCGUAGGCGAAAGAUGAAAGGCUGGCUUUGUGGUCCCCAGUGUAGGGAAACUAAACCAUUAUUCAACAGAUCAUUGCCUGUGCUGCUGCAAGACAGUUUUGCCAGUCAGUUUUACUGGUGACAUGCUAAAACGGAGGUGUUGGUAUUAUGAAACUAAUCAGUGUUAUGCCCAGUAUCUAAUUUUGAGAGUUUUUAAAAAAUAUAUAAAUAAAAUAACCUUUAUUUAUACUGACAAAGCCUCACGCUAGUGAAACUAACAGGCAUUGAUAUAGAUAUUGUUCUUCAUCUGUAAUAUGCAUGUAUUGUGGGCUAGACUCUUGACUGGCAUAUAUUGGCAUACCUCCAUGAUUUACAGAGGAGCUGGCCCUGUGUAUUUUAAAAGCAGUGUAAUCGAUAUAUUAACAAGUAUUUAAGUCUAUACUGAAAGAAAGCGCUCUAAGGCAACUUCCACACAAGGGGCCUGGUAUUUCCACAUGAAGUAGAUGCUGUGGUAAUUACUACCUAUAAAUAAAUAAAUAAGGUGAUACUGUAAAAUGGUGGCCCUGAUGUAUUCACUUCUGGUUUUAAUUAUAUCCUUGCUUUUAUUAGAUUUAUUAUAUAUGAAGAAGUAAAAAUCUCUGCCACACUUUUUGUAUUUGUGAUCAGUUGACAAAUUAAACUGUUUCAAGCAA